AUGGCCGCUCGCCGCGACCCAACUCAGGACAAUCGUCAUUCAGGAACCAACAUCGGCUAUCUUCUCUUUUCUCGACUUCGUCACGACCGGGGAUACGCUGUUGUCGAAAUGAUGGCUUGGUUCUCGUCGACGAUUUUUCAUUGUGUCGAAUGUUGGGUGACCGAGUGGAUGGACUAUUUUGUGGUAUGUGGUUUAGCCGACAUCUGUGUAGCCGUCCUCUACACA